UCUCUAGCUUCCAGGAAAUGACUACGUUGGUUAUGCAUGGCGACACUUUUGCUCUGGUGUAAUCGUCAAGGCUUUAACUAUUUACUACAGAGUACAGUAUCACAAAUGUACUAUUUUGACCGCGGGUGCAGCAAAUUGGUAAUAUGUAUUUUGCUCCAUGUUUGCGAUAUGUCCGCACUAUCUCAUUUUCUGAUUUCUAUUUGACGAAGUGCGAAGUACUUGCUUUUGCUUUCCUAUUUACCAAUGCAAACACACUCACUUACGCUGCUGGCGGAUGUGAUGGAAUUGCAAAAAACUCAGUGAAUAAAAAGGCCCCACCCAAGGACUAUCAGGUAGUCGAAGGUUCUCGUGCUACCCUCGAAUGGGAAUACUGCAAGAAACAAAUUGAUUCGGUAUCAGGAAUUAUUAUAUCUCGAAAGAAUCAAAUAAAACCGUAUUUGUUAGCCAUGGAUGUGACGGGAAAAAUAUAUUAUUACAAAGCGAACCGCAGUCGUCAUAACGUAUCCUGGAGCAAAGAAAACGGAUCGAUAGUGUUUUCAAUAAUGAAUAUCUCGAUGGCCGAUGGGGGGCAUUACACUUUGGAAAUAAGAAGAGUUGGAUACGCUGAUUUUCAAAACACAGUAAACGUGAUUGUCCAUAGAGCAGAGAAACCAAAUUGGUAUCCGUCAAAGUCAACAAGCAUAUUAAAGGAUAUCACAAAAACGAGCGUGUUUCUUAACUUAUAUAUAACACCAACAUCUAUGAACGUUUCAUAUCGUACAAGCGGAUCAAAAGAAACUUCAUUUACGCAUUAUCCCUCAACUGUUGCAACGACAAUAACACACAAGGUUUUAAGAAACAUUGUGUCAACUACAAAACGUCAAGAAAAUGGCUCGUCAGAAAACAGGCAUCAUAUAACAAUUUCAAGGAAAAGUUCAGUUAAAGAUAAAGAAGAGUAUGAUGACAUCGUGCUUAUAGUGAUAUAUAUACUGGCUGGAAUCGCGACAAUGAUGUUGUUUUCAGUAAUGAUCGCACUUCGUAUUAAGCUGCAAAAACGUCGAAAAGAAAGAAGCAAUGCAAGGCGGGAAUUUCUUACAGAUAUUAAUGCAAAUAUUCAAUCACCAAGUGCAAAUAUCACGAAUCACCGAGAGAGAGAUGAGGCGAGAAUUGAGCUGGAUGAUAGCUUCAGUGUCUCGAGCAUGAGUGGCUUUUCUUACAGAGAUUCACUGGGACUUAACGACGCCAGUGAAGAAGAACCCUUUUCUGCUAUAACAUUUGGCAUUAGGCAACCAGGGGCAUCUCUAGUGUGUCACGAUUUUCCAACAACGCCCACACACGAGAUUAUAGAACAAGAUGCAAGUUGUCCUCUUCUCCCCAAGCGGAAGAACUACGAGGUACAACGAGAAUUCAUUUCAGAUUUGAAAAUAAUCGGACAAGGAGCUUUUGGUCUUGUUGCAAGGGCAAAUAUGCUGCUUAAAAAUGAAUUGUGCGUCGUCGCUGUCAAAAUGUUGAAAGAGUUUGCGUCGAACGAGGACAGAAGAGAUUUGAUCUCAGAAUGUCAGUUGAUGAGAAGUUUGGAGUAUCACAAAAAUGUUGUGCAACUUUUGGGAUUUGUGCUACAAUCAGAACCAAUAUGGGUUGUAACUGAAUACGCCGCUCAUGGUGACCUACUCGGAUUUCUAAGAAAGUGUCGCGGAAUCCAGGACUCGGUUUAUCAUGGUGUAGAUACCUAUUGCGGCUCCAGUCUCACACAAAAGCAGUUACUCAAUAUGGCGAAGGAUAUAGCUUGUGGAAUGGCACAUUUGUCACGAAACGACAUAAUUCAUCGGGACCUGGCUGCAAGGAAUGUUCUUGUGGAUGAAAAUAUUAGCUGCAAGAUAACAGAUUUUGGAAUGGCGAGAGACAUAAAAACCACAAGUUAUUACAGAGUGAAGAACAGGGGACGAAUUCCCUUAAAAUGGACUGCCAUUGAAGCUAUUCUUGAUGAAAGAUAUACUACGAUGAGUGAUGUGUGGAGUUAUGGAGUUGUUCUUUAUGAAAUUGUGACAAUUGGACGAUCACCUUACCCUCGUCUGGGACCAGGGGAAAUUUUGCGAAGAUUAAAGAGAGGCUGGAGGAUGGAAAGACCAGAGCAUGUUAAUAUUGAUUUAUACAAUGUGAUGCUUACCUGUUGGGCAGCGAAUUCUGAAGAACGUCCGUCAUUCCUUAGCCUUUCAGCGAUCUUUAGCUCUUUACUUGGGAAUGAAAGUGAAUACAUCAACAUGAAAGGAUGCAGAUAUCAAAUGUUCGAGACACUAGAAAGUAGCUCUGAGUCUGAGGCAAGCACUGGGUCUCUGAGCAAUGAACUUUCAACAUAAUGAAGUACGUUUUAUCACAGCUUAAUUUCUGAUUUGGAGAGCAACUUGCAAAUGCUGUCCAGAUCUUGAUUCUAUAGACCUAGAACAUUUUGCCAACAGCAUAAAUGCAUAAUGCGAUGCAUUAGUGGCGACAGUGUAGUUAUAGCCUGACGAUUUAGUCCUGUCUGCCAGACGUUUGUUCAGCCGAAAUCUAAACUGAUAAAGAUAAUUUUGAGCAUAUUACGCAUUUCCGAAAGCAAUAUAUCAAUUAUGAGUGUAUAUGUAUACGGUUAUUUGA